AUGGAAGAUCAAUCAAGUGGUGAGGCAGUUGCUACCCAAGUGGCUGAUUAUAAAAUGACAGCAAGGACCUAUUACACUCUAGCCGUGGAGAAAGUGAGAGAUGUGAGUGUCAAAUCAAAUUAGCAUGCUAGCCAGUUAGCUAGCUUGGACUCGUCAAUGCUAAAAACAUCAACUGGUGUAUCUAGCUAGCCAAUUUUGUAAUUUGUGUUAAUUCAAUUUCAAUGUGUAGGACUGUCAGAUAUGGCUUAUCUAUAUUGUUUAGUUAACUAGCUAGCUAGUGUCUCGUUGACCACGAGAACACUGUUUCCUGGUAAGAUAACGUAACUAAGCUAAUGUUAGCUAAUUUAGUCAGCUAACUAACGUAAGCAACAGUUGUAUCCUAAUUUAAGGGUGUUUUCACACUUCUUGGUCCUUUUAAGCCAAUUUUUGUGAACUCCGUGCGGUUCGCUUAAUUCAGACUCAGACCCCUCAAAAGAGCCCCAGAAGCGAACCGAACUGAACUGAGACCAUAUCGAGAGGUGGUCUGAGUUCGGUUCGCUUGAAUUCAGAGGUACGGUUCCCUUUUUAGGGCAAUGUGAACGCAAAACUCCCCAGGUUCGCUAGUAAUUAUUCACGCAACACUGUUCCUCCUGCCAUAAACCCUCACAUUGGUGCCACAAAAGAGAGAAGAUGAUGAUGUGCAGAUUCGCGGAAAAAAAGCGUGCUGCAAUUAUAUAUUGAUUAGCGAUUGUCAAGGAUGCGCAGAAAUGUGUGUGGUGCGGGAAUAAUGACAAGCGAACCUGGAGAGCUUUGUGUUCACAUUGCCCUAAAAAAAGUGAACCGGUACGCGGAAUUCUAGCAAACCGAACUCGGAACAAAAAAAUAAGCGAUCUGCACUGAGUUCACAAAGUGUGAAAACACCCUAAGUAGCUACAUAGCUGGCUAGUUAGUUUGAAGUUUUAAUGUCACAUGCACAAGUACAGUGAAAUGCCUUUCUUGCAAACUCACCACAACAAUGCAAUAAUCAAUAACAAUGUAAUACAAAAAAAAAAAAGAGGUAUGACGAACACAAUAAGUAAGUUAGCAUACUAUAUACAGGGUCAGUUCCAAUACCAUAUUUCCAAUGUGCAGGGAUACUGGAGUGAUGGAGGUAGAUAUGUAUACGGGUAAGGUGACUAGGCAUCAGGAUAUAAGAUAAACAGAGUAGCAGCAGCUUGUAUGUGAGUGUGUGUGUGUGUGUGUGUGUGUGUGUGUGUACAGUCAGUAUAAGUGUAUGUGCAUAUUAUGUGUGCGUGAGCAGAUGAUCGUGUGAGUGUGUGGGCCCUGUGAGUGUGCAUAGACAGUGCAAAAAUAAAAAGGUCAGUGAGGAUACAAGGUUAACUCAGAUACUCUGUGUAGCUAUUUUGUUAGCUAUUUAUCAGUCUUAUUGCUUGAGGACAGAAGCUGCUCAAGAGCCUGUUGGUGCCAGACUUGAUGCACCGGUACCGCUUGCUGUGCGGAAGCAGAGAUAAUAGUCUAUGGCUUGGGUGGUUGGAGUCUUUAACGAUGUCCUGGAUGGCAGGGAGCUCGGCCCCAGUGAUGUACUGGGCUGUCCGCACCACCCUCUGUGCGCCAUGCGAUCGAGGGCAGUGCUAUUGCCAUACCAGGUAGUGAUGCAGCCAGUCAAAAUGCUCUCAAUGGUACAGCUGUAUAACUUUUUGAGGGCCCAUGCCAAACCUUUUCAAUCUCCUGAGAGGGAGAAUGCGCGCGUGUGUUUGGACCAUUUUAAGUCUUUAGUGAUUUGGACACCAAGGAACUUGAAGCUCUUGACCCGCUCCACUGCGGCCCCGUCGAUGUGGAUGGGGGCGUGCUCGCUCCUCCUGUUUCCUGUAGUCCACGAUCGGCUCCUUGGUCUUACUGGGGUUGAGGGAUAGGUUGUUGUUCUGGCACUACACUGCCAGGUCCCUGACCUCCUCCCUGUAGGCUGACUCAUCAUCACCGGUGGUCAGGCCUACCACCGUCGUGUUGUCAGCAAACUUGAUGAUUGUGUUGGAGUCGUACGUGGCCACGCAGUCGUGGUUGAACAGGGAGUACAGGAGGGGACUAAGCACACCUCUGUGGGGCCCCUAUGUUGAGGGUCAGUGUGGCGGAGGUGAUGUUGCCUACCCUCACCACCUGUGUUUGGAUCACAAAGAAGAACAUUUGUGAGACUCAGACCAAAUGAAAAUAUGCUGGAGGAGUGUUUGAUGCCAUCUGUCAAGCAUGGUGGAGGCAAUGUGAUGGUAUGGGGGUGCUUUGGUGUUGGUAAAGUGGGAGAUUCGUACAGAGUGAAAGGGAUCAUGAAGAAGGAAGGCUAUCACUCCAUUUUGCAACGCCAUGCCAUACCCUGUGGACGGCUCUUGAUUGGAGCCAAUUUCCUCCUACAACAGGAAAAUGACCCAACGCACAGCUCCAAACUAUGCAAUAACUAUUUAGGGAAGAAGCAGUCAGCUGUAUUCUGUCUAUAAUGGAGUGGCCAGCACAGUCACCGGACCUCAACCCUAUUGAGCUGUUGUGGGAGUAGCUUGACCGUAUGGUACGUAAGAAGUGCCAUCAAGCCAAUCAAACUUGUGGGAGGUGCUUCAGGAAGCAUGGGGUGAAAUCUCUUCAGAUUACAUCAACAAAUUGACAACUAGAAUGCCAAAGGUCUGCAAGGCUGUAAUUGCUGCAAAUGGAGGAUUCUUUGACGAAAGUAAAGUUUGAAGGACACAAUUAUUAUUUCUAUUAAAAAUCAUUAUUUCUAACCUUGUCAAUGACUACAUUUCCUAUGCAUUUUGCUAUAUUUCCUAUUCAAACUCAUGUAUGUUUUCAUGGAAAACAAGGACAUAUCUAAGUGAUCCCAAACUUUUGAAUGGAAGUGUAAGUAUUUUAUUUUCUACCCAGGUCGUGUCGUCCCUUCCUGAUGACGUAAGGCCAGGUCCUGACCUGUAUGGACUGCCAUGGGAAGCUGUCAUCGUCACUGCCUUACUGGGGUUAGGCACCCUCCUAUUGUUCAGCUGCAGGUUCUACCAAUGUGUAAGUUGACUGUCUGAUAUUAUACCAGCAUGCAAGUAUAGGGAUGAACAACAGCAUUCUUACUUUUGAUUGGGGAGUGACCAAGCUCACUAAAUUGUUCUUGUUUCCAGAUAAAGAGCAGACUGUAUUCAGGCAAAGAGAGGCGGAUGGGCCAGAAGGUGGCUGAACUAUUAGAUGAAAAGUGCAAAGUCCUUAAGACUUUGAGUGAGGUUCAACAAAAGGUGAGUCCUAUGUCAAAGAAUGCAGUGUGUGUGUAUCUGACUGACUGACUGCCUUCUGAAAUUACAUGUUUUUUAAUGAACCUGUGUGCUAUGAAUGCCUUUGCUACUGUUUGUUUAUGUUUAUUUAUGUACCUUUUUAGUAUGAAAAACUGGAUUCUGCCUUGUGGAAUAGUGGUAUUUUGGCUCAAGCGUCAGAGAGAGAGAAUCUGGAGGUAAGACACACAAAUUAUACAGUAUGAUUGUUCUCAAUACUGAAUAAACAUUCCCAUAUUUCACCUCUAAAUUACACUGGCAAAUGGUAUAAAAGGACUUUCAAGUCCGAGUAAACCUUUAAUGGUCUCCUCUUCAGGUGAUGUCCCAGAGGCUGAAACAGUCAAAUGCACAGCUUGGAGAGGAUAUAGAAAAGUUAAAGGAGGACCUGAAUAUCCAGAGAGCGAGGAGGUUGCAGCAGGAGAAGACAGUGAGUUUGACUUCGGACUGGACAUUUUUCUCAUCACCUUUUGCUGUGUUUUGAUGUUUAUGCAUUGACAUCUUUUAUUUUUUGUUUCACUCUUUGCUCUCAUAUUUCAGUUAAUUCUUUUUGAGAUGUGGUGUUUUGUGCAAUUUUACAGAUUGCAGAUAUGCAGGAAACCUUGAAAACCGUAGAAGAAGAAACCAGGGACCUCAAGUCCCAGACAGAGCAGGUAAAAUCUGACGCUGACACAAGUCCCCAUUAGUGUUAUGUAUCAUGAACAUCAUGUUAAUUGUAAUUCCUUCCUGUUUGGCAUGUUAAUCAUGUCGACACACUCAGAGCCAGGUUAGAUGUAACACAUUUUGCUCUCUUUUCAGGCACAGACAACCCUGAAAAUAUAUGACAUGAACAGUGAGAGGAAUCAGAAUAAUCUGGAGGCAGCAAAAGAAGAGAAGGCCUUGCUCCAGGAGAAAAAUUUGCAGGUAUGUAACCUGACCUAUAAGAUGUCCAUUUACAGCUAUACAGUACCCACUAAUCAGAGCCAUUAAUAUCUACAGUGAGGGGAAAAAAGUAUUUGAUCCCCUGCUGAUUUUGUACGUUUGACCACUGACAAAGACAUGAUCAGUCUAUCAUUUUAAUGGUAGGUUUAUUUGAACAGUGAGAGACAGAAUAACAACAAAAAAAUCCAGAAAAACGCAUGUCAAAAAUGUUAUAAAUUCAUUUGCAUUUUAAUGAGGGAAAUAAGUAUUUGACCCCUCUGCAAAACAUGACUUAGUACUUGGUGGCAAAACCCUUGUUGGCAAUCACAGAGGUCAGACGUUUCUUGUAGUUGGCCACCAGGUUUGCACACAUCUCAGGAGGGAUUUUGUCCCACUCCUCUUUGCAGAUCUUCUCCAAGUCAUUAAGGUUUCGAGGCUGACGUUUGGCAACUCGAACCUUCAGCUCCCUCCACAUAUUUUCUAUGGGAUUAUGGUCUGGAGACUGGCUAGGCCACUCCAGGACCUUAAUGUGCUUCUUCUUGAGCCACUCCUUUGUUGCCUUGGUCGUGUGUUUUGGGUCAUUGUCAUGCUGGACUACCCAUACACGACCCAUUUUCAAUGCCUUGGCUGAGGGAAGGAGGUUCUCACCCAAGAUUUGACGGUACAUGGCCCCGUCCAUCGUCCCUUUGAUGCGGUGAAGUUGUCCUGUCCCCUUAGCAGAACCCCCCCCCCCCCCCCCCCCCCCCCAAAGCAUAAUGUUUCCACCUCCAUGUUUGACAGUGGGGAUGGUGUUCUUGGGGUCAUAGGCAGCAUUCCUCCUCCUCCAAACACGGCGAGUUGAGUUGAUGCCAAAGAGCUCGAUUUUGGUCUCAUCUGACCACAACACUGUCACCCAAUUCUCCUCUGAAUCAUUCAGAUGUUCAUUGGCAAACUUCAGACGGGCCUGUAUAUGUGCUUUCUUGAGCAGGGGGACCUUGCAGGCGCUGCAGGAUUUCAGUCCUUCACGGCGUAGUGUGUUACCAAUUGUUUUCUUGGUGACUAUGGUCCCAGCUGCCUUGAGAUCAUUGACAAGAUCCUCCCGUGUAGUUCUGGGCUGAUUCCUCACCGUUCUCAUGAUCAUUGCAACUCCAUGAGGUGAGAUCUUGCAUGGAGCCCCAGGCCGAGGGAGAUUGACAGUUCUUUUGUGUUUCUUCCAUUUGCGAAUAAUCGCACCAACUGUUGUCACCUUCUCACCAAGCUGCUUGGCGAUGGUCUUGUAGCCCAUUCCUGCCUUGUGUAGGUCUACAAUCUUGUCCCUGACAUCCUUGGAGAGCUCUUUGGUCUUGUCCAUGGUGGAGAGUUUGGAAUCUGAUUGAUUGCUUCUAUGGACAGGUGUCUUUUAUACAGGUAACAAGCUGAGAUUAGGAGCACUCCCUUUAAGAGUGUGCUCCUAAUCUCAGCUCGUUACCUGUAUAAAAGACACCUGGGAGCCAGAAAUCUUUCUGAUUGAGAGGGGGUCAAAUACUUAUUUCCCUCAUUAAAAUACAAAAAUCAAUUUAUAACAUUUUUGACAUGCGUUUUUCUGGAUUUUGUUGUUGUUAUUCUGUCUCUCACUGUUCAAAUAAACCUACCAUUAAAAGUAUAGACUGAUCAUUUCUUUGUCAGUGGGCAAACGUACAAAAUCAGCAGGGGAUGAAAUACUUUUUUCCCUCACUGUAUAUGUAUGGCUUUGUCACUAAUAUUGUUGUAUACUCCAGUUCCAUAUCAGCCUUGGUUGCGGUUGUUACAAAGAACCUGCAUGGGUUGUCCUGAAGAGAAAGCAGAAAGUGUCCUAUAUUCUGGUGGGAUCCUCAACCUCUCCCCCUCUUCCCACAGCUGGUCCAGGAAGCAGAGGGCUGGGGGGAGCGGAUGAGCGAACUGGAAGAGGAGAUGAGGAUGUGUGAGAGCUCCUAUACUGGAAUGGUGCAGGAUGCUGCCACCAAAGACGAGAGUAUCAAGGUUUGCAUUCAUAUUACUGCACUGGCAAAAACCACAUACAGCAAGAUGUGUGCCUACAACAAACAUUUUGCUAUUCUGCCCUGUACUGGGAAAACCCAGUCACCACACACUUUGAAGAUUACUGAGGGUUUCAACCAACAAUUAGUUAGGUGACACCCUAAGUGGCCCAGCCUGUUUGAGGCUAUGUUCAUAAUGGUAAUCCUCUAUUGCCUGUUAUUUAUUAUAAAUUACAUACACCUUAGCCAAAUACAUUUAAACUCAGUUUUUCACAAUUCCUGACAUUUAAUCCUAGUAAAAAUUCCCAGUCUUAGGUCAGUUAGGAUGACCACUUUAUUUUAAGAAUGUGAAAUGUCAGAAUAAUAGUAGAGAAUUAUUUAUUUCAGCUUUUAUUUAUUUCAUUACAUUCCCAGUGGGUCAGAAGUUUACAUGCUAUCCAAAUACUAAUUGAGUGUAUUGCCUUUUAAAUUGUUUAACUUGGGUCAAACGUUUCGCGUAGCCUUCCACAAGCUUCCCACAAUAAGUUGGGUGAAUUUUGUCCCAUUCCUCCAGACAGAGCUGGUGUAACUGAGUCAGGUUUGUAGGCCUCCUUGCUCGCACACGCUUUUUCAGUUCUGCCCACAAAUUUUCUAUAGGAUUGAGGUCAGGGCUUUGUGAUGGCCACUCCAAUACCUUGACUUUGUUGUCCUUAAGCCAUUUUGCCACAGCUUUGGAAGUAUGCUUGGGGUCAUUGUCCAUUUGGAAGACCCAUUUGCGACCAAGCAUUAACUUCCUGACUGAUGUCUUGAGAUAUUGCUUCAAUAUAUCCACAUCAUUUUCCUUCCUCAUGAUGCCAUCUAUUUUGUGAAGUGCACCAGUCCCUCCUGCAGCAAAGCAACCCCACAGCAUGAUGCUGCCACCCCCGUGCUUCACGUUUGGAAUGGUGUUCUUCGGCUUGCAAGCAACCCCCGUUUUCCUCCAAACAUAACAAUGGUCAUUAUGGCCAAACAGUUCUAUUUUUGUUUCAUCAGACCAGAGGACAUUUCUCCAAAAAGUACAAUCUUUGUCCCCAUGUGCAGUUGCAAACCGUAGUCUGGCUUUUUUAAUGGCGGUUUUGGAGCAGUGGCUUCUUCCUUGCUGAGCGGCCUUUCAGGUUAUGUCGAUAUAGGACUGGUUUUACUGUGGAUAUAGAUACUUUUGUACCUGUUUCCUCCAGCAUCUUCACAAGGUCCUUUGCUGUUGUUCUGGGAAUGAUUUGCACUUUUCGCACUAAGGUACGUUCAUCUCUAGGAGACAGAACGAGUCUCCUUCCUGAGCAGUAUGACGGCUGUGUGGUCCCGAUGGUGUUUAUACUUGCGUAUUAUUGUUUGUACAGAUGAACGUGGUACCUUCAGGCGUUUGGAAAUUGCUCCCAAGGAUGAACCAGACUUGUGGAGGUCUACACAUUUUAUUCUGACGUCUUAGCUGAUUUCUUUUGAUUUUCCCAUGAUGUCAAGCAAAGAGGCACUGAGUUUGAAGGUAGGCCUUGCAAUACAUCCACAGGUACACCUCCAAUUGACUCAAAUGAUGUCAAUUAGCCUAUCAGAAGCUUCUAAAGCCAUGACAUCAUUUUCUGGAAUUUUCCAAGUUGUUUAAAGGCACAGUCAACUUAGUGUAUGUAAACUUCUGACCCACUGGAAUUGUGAUACAGUGAAUUAUAAAUCAAAUAAUCUGUAAACAAUUGUUGAAAAAAUUACUUGUGUCAUGCACAAAAUAGAUGUCCUAACCGACUUGCCAAAACUAUAGUUUGUUAACAAGAAAUUUGUGGAGUGGUUGAAAAACGAGUUUUAAUGACUCCAACCUAAGUGUAUGUAAACUUCCGACUUCAACUGUAUGUACCACUCAACAAAAUAAGUUUCCUUGGGGGAAAAACUAUAGUUAUUUGAAUGGUAAAGCCUUUUCUCUCUUUCUCCAUUAGUCCCUGACAGACUGCCUGUUGAAGAUAAAGGACUGGGACUCAGUGCUGGAGGACGGAGCCAACGGAGAGGAGAUAAACAGGACACGAGGGGAGGAAAAUGGAGAGGGGCCAGGUGAGGUUCUGGUAGAUAAGGCUAUAACCGCCAGUAUGUAUGAAGUAUGAUCAACUGGCUUUCGCUCACCAUCUCUUGGUAUUAUUAUGCAAGGUCAUAUAUGGGAUUUAAAAAAACAUUUGAGUCAGGAUAUUGACUGAGUGGGAGUGGGAUAUCUGCGUCUUCCCAGAUGUUACUUUUUUGUUAAUUCUUUAUACACAGAUAACCAUCAACGACACAGAAUACAGAAACUAAUUCAUGCGGCAAAGGUAUGUCUUCACUUAAAUCAAAUUCUGUCUUAAGAACAAAACUUGUCAGCGAUAGAUGGAAAAUGUUAGUUUUUUUUUCUUUUUAGAUGAAUGCAGACUUGAAGUCGGUGGAUGAAGACAAGGACAGAGUGUUUGCCAAGCUAGCGGAUGAAGUCAAGGCCAAGGAGGAUCUCCAAGGUAAGCGGAGUAUGAUGCUGUUCAGUAGUAACUUAUCACGGUGGAGAAUAAAACAACAUUCAUUUUAUAAUGUACAUAAAUGUAUUGAAAUGAGCUUCAGUUGCUGUUUUCAUGAUACAACAGACACAAAGGGUUGGUUUCCCAGACGCAUAUUAAGCCUUGUACUCCUGGACUAAAAAGGACAUGCGUCGGUGUCCAGGAAACCGGCCUAAACCUCUGACUUUUAAUGAAAAUCAUGUCUAGUUUUUAACACCAGCUUGACUCUUGGGUUGCAGAGCGGAUUAAGAAACUGGAGAAUGAGAAGGACUCUCUGCAGACAGAGAGUGAGAAGUACACGGGCCAGGUGCAGAAACUCCAGCAGAAACUGCAGAUCAUGACGGAGAUGUACCAGGAGAAUGAACUCAAACUACACAGGUACUGUACGAGACUUAGAGUGGCUGACCCAAAUGCACAGCUUCAUCCAUGAAGGAUUUAUAUGCAUUUAUAAUGGCUUAUUUAUGAAAGUUAUUAUGAAGUGUAACCAAACUAUCUUCAAUGAGUGGGGCUAAUGAACUGCUGUAUGCCUGGUAAUAUAAUAAUAUAUGCCAUUUAGCAGACACUUUUAUCCAAAGCGACUUACAGUCAUGCGUGCAUGCCGUUUUACGUAUGGGUGGCCCCAAUGGGAAUCGAACCCACGACCUGUGGCGUUGCAAGCGCCAUGCUCUACCGACUGAGCUGCACAGGGCCUAGUAAUGUUUGUCUGAUCAUGGCUGUUCCACUCUGUGGUAUGCAUAUAAUGGGUGUUCUCCCUGGUGUCAGGUUGCUGACGGUGGAGGAGAGGGAGCGUCAGCAGAAGGAGGCGAAGCUGACCAAGGCUGACAGGAGCAUCAGCCUGGCCGUGGAGGAGCUCAGCAGCUACAGGUCGGCUACUGGACACACACACACACACACACACCAUCCCUGACUCCAGAUAUCAACUGUCUCUUGUUUACAGUGUUUUAAUACAGGCCUUAAAUUAAAUGUAUACUUUCAGUACACUUGCUGUCAAUCGAAUAGAUGCAAUUCAUUUUGUGAAACAUGAAGAGUUGCACAUGUCCAAAAUAUUCGCAGGGUGUUUUGUAUUGUGAGUCAGGGUGCUGUUUUGCUUUCACACAAAGGCAAAGAGCACAAGACCUCGAGGAUGAGCUGGAGAAGACCAACCAGGCCUACAAAAUCCAGGUGGGAGAUCUGACAGUCUGUCGUAAGAGACUGGAAGAGGGGGGAAAACAUUCACCACAUGCAAUUAUCUGAUGUAUAGCCAAUGACAAAUGUCAUUCUCCCUCCAUCUUUCAGAUAACUUCCCAGGAAAAGAAGGCACACAAUAACUGGGUAAGUAUGUAGUAGUAACAUACAUACACUAUGGAGCACACCUCAGCUCAUAGUCAUGUUAAAGAGCAAUUGAACGAAUCUCUGGUUGAAAACAGCCUAUGUGGAAUCGAUAUUAGAAACGUUUAUUCCGGUGCCAAAAUUGACUAAAGUGUAAGUACGAUCAUUUUGGUUAUAAAGUCAGUAUAUUCCAAAACUGAGUUUUGUGAGAUUUGUGUAACUGAGGUCGCCACAAUUUACGUAAGGGCUGGGUUUGGAUUACAACCAUGCCCACUAACACGAGAUGGUAACGCCAAAGGAGGUUGUCAUGCAUGGAUAAACAUCUGCGCUGAUUGCGCUCUAUCCAAUCGCAGAACCUCCAGACAGUGAGACAGACCUGCCAAUUACGCAGCGCAUGUUUACAUAAGACAACAUGUCGCCAAUGUUAUGUUGAAAGAACGCUUGGCCCCUAAGCUCUUUAUGGAGUGGCCACUUGCUGAUGUGUUUGAUAGUGAUCACUCAAGUCUGCCACUGUUUUGGGCAAAAUGAGAACUAAGACGAUGCACACUUGUAUCCCAACUGCCACUUGUCAAUAUUCCGAAAUUCGAAACCCAUUCGUGAGCAUCUUGUGACCCGCCGUGACCUGUUUUGUAACAUAAUUUGCUAUGAAACACUGCCAGACAGACGCAAACUCUGGUAAUAGAUUGUAAAAAAAAUAAAACGGCACUGAAGCACACACGUCGCCACUCGCCAGUGACUUGAUAAGCUGACAGCUUGCUGAUGAAGUUGUAGAAAUGUUCUCAGAAAUCAGUCCUGAGUGCAGCCAGCAGCAGCUGACUCGGUACUCAUACUGUCUGCAGUGCACUGACUAGUUAAAAAAAUAAUUGAGAAAUACUGCACCAAACACCAGCCCUCCUGUAGCUCAGUUGGUAGAGCAUGGCGCUUGCAACGCCAGGGUUGUGGGUUAGUUUCCCACGGGGGGCCAGUAUGAAAAAUGUAUGCACUCACUAAACUGUAAGUCGCUCUGGAUAAGAGCAUCUGCUAAAUGACUAAAAUGUAGAUGUAAAAUUGUGCAAUCAAUUCAGACUAUUUUGAGGAAGUGAUAGUGGCUAUGUUGUUGCCACGGUGUCUCAAGAGGGACAAACAACAGUAACUGCCAGGGUACGAUAUACAAACAUAACACACCCACAUCGAACCACACCCCCAAGACCCACAUCUCAUUUUUCUUAAUGAGCAGCAGAAAGACACAUGCGGAAUCGGUGCUUAAAUGUGAUUUCCUCAGCCUGGCGACUCAUCUGUAAUCUCUGUUGUCUGCAUUGUAGCUAGCAGCACGAGCUGCCGACCGUGACCUGGCUGACAUUAAAAGAGAGAAUGCACACCUCAGGCAGAAGUAAGUACUAAAGAAUACUUUUCUAUUGAAGUGCAGUCAGUUUCACCAGACUUGAUGGGAUGUGUUGGUACAAAAUAGUAUUUCCCUGCAGUGUGGAAAGUAUUCUUCAGCUGUGGUGUGUCUCCAUGCAGAUUGACUGAUACUCAGUUCAAGCUGGAUGUGGUGGAGAAAGGCCCCUAUGCUCUGGACAACAUGGGCAGACCGUUCAGAGGUGAGUCUAUAAUAACCCUCCUAUCACCCUAACUAUAAUGAUAUCCUCUGCUGACUCCCAACUCGCCCCCUAGCCCCUACUCCCUACAUUGAGAGGAUUGGAUAGGUGAAAGCAAUAUGGUGACAAUCCGAAAGGCAAGAUGAAGUUAUUAACAGAACUACUUACAUUAUAUCCAUGCAAUCCUCUCAGGUCUACAGGAGUGCCUAUCGUGUACUAGGGACUAGGUGUUGAAUAGGUCAUUAUUCUGAUAUUUGAACUUUCUGUCUCUCCCUGUCCUGCAGGUGAAAGGUCACCGUAUGGCCCCUCCCCCCUGGGUCGCCCCGCCUCUGAGAACAGAGCCUUCCUGUCUCCGCCCACCCUGAUGGAUGGCCCGCCACACCUCUCUCCAAACUUCCCUCCCAUGGGACCGGGAGGCAGAGGUGACUUCUCCAGUACAAACCCCCUCCUCAGUGAAUGUGCCAUGACAUGGUGAAAAUGCCAUUAAGAAAAAUAAUCAGCAGGAUAAAUGGAUUAUUAUUUAACCUACUGUCAAUUAAUUCACUUUAGAUUAUUAUUGAAUCUCCUGUCAAUUAAGUUAUUGAGUAAAGCAAUGCUGAAAUCUGUUCUUAAUCACCUGAUACAAGUACAUGCUAAAUCUUAAUUUACUGGAAGGUAGGCACAUCUGUUACAGAGCUUAUCUUUAUAGUAUAAAUUGCCUUGGCGGCGAGCAUGCACAGCAAGAUGGGGAAUGAUGUGCAGCUGUAUCGCCUACAGAGGGAGCAUUGUCUUUGCGCAUGAUGUAUUCUGGUCUUGUCAUCCUAGCUUCAUGAACUCAUUGACAUUAUGCUGGCUCUUUCUCUCUCUCUCUCUCACUCUCACUCUCACACUCAUAUAUAACCAGUAUCCCGAGGCCUGGUAGAUCCCCCUGGUGGGGUGGACUCUGAUCGGAGUGGUGGUCCUCACUCUGACAGUGGCUCGAUAUCUCCCUCCUGGGAAAGGGAUCGCAGGGACCCACCUAUACCCCCUCCAGGUACGGUGAUGACCACCUGCUAUCGCCCCCCCCCCCCCCCCCCCCAAUGAUCUCAGCAGCCCCUCCAAUCACUACAGACAGAAGUUAUUCUAUUCUUCUGUUUUAAUCUUCUAGUCUACUAUAUUGUGUUAUUGUGUGUGACAAAUACUUAUUUGCAUUCAGUAUCAGUCCUAAAGAGUGUGUGUUCGUUAUUUAUUUGCUUCAUUAUGUUUUACCAUCUUUUGCUAUGUAAAGAUGUCCUGACUUUCUUUUGGGUUGUAGAGAAAUAUAAUUAGUUAUAGGGUGAGAAUGUUAUAUUUGUUAAUCAACUGUCAGAGAUUUGUUCACAACUAAAUAAUUCCCCUCAGUUGGUUACUAUUGUGGUACUCUGUUGUGGUCAGCCGGCCCUGUGAGAGGUUUGAGAUUCUCUUUAUUGGUUCAAAUCACUGUUGUCAGUCUGAGGUGCAGACCUAGUUGUGGUCAGUGAGUGUAUGACUACUACACUAUAUAUACAGAAGUAUGUGGACACCCCUUCAAAUGAAUGGAUUCAGCUAUUUCAGCCACACCCGUUGUUGACAGGUGUAUAAAAUUGAGCACACAGCCAUGCCAUCUCCAUAGACAAACAUUGGCAGUAGAAUGGCCUUACUGAAGAGCUCAGUGACUUUCAACAUGGCACCGUCAUAGGAUGCCACCUUUCCAACAAGUCAGUUUGUCAAAUUUCUGUCCUGCUAGAGCUGCCCCGGUCAACUGUAAGCGCUGUUAUUGUGAAGUGGAAACGUCUAGGAGCAACAACGGCUCAGCCGCGAAGUGGUAGGCCACACAAGCUCACAAAACGGUACCGGCGAGUGCUAAAGCGCACAGCGUGUAAAAAUCAUAUGUCCUCGGUUGCAACACUCACUACCGACUUCCAAACUGCCUCUGGAAGCAACGUCAGCACAAUAACUGUUCGUCGGGAGCUUUUUUUUUUUUUUACAACGCUACCUGCCCGAAUGCAUAGUGCCAACUGUAAAGAUGAGGAAUAAUGGUCUGGGACUGUUUUUCAUGGUUCGGGCUCGGCCCCUUCCAGUGAAGCGAAAUCUUAACGCUACAGCAUACAAUGACAUUCUAGACGAUUCUGUGCUUCCAACUUUGUGGCAACAGUUUGGGGAAGGUCCUUUCCUGUUUUAGCAUGACAAUGCCCCCGUGCACAAAGCGAGAUCCAUACAGAAAUGGUUUGUUGAGAUCGGUGUGGAAGAACUUGACUGGCCUGCACAGAGCCCUGACCUCAACCCUAUCGAACACCUUUGGGAUGAAUUGGAACGCCGACUGCGGGCCUAAUCGCCCAAUGUCAGUGCCCGACCUCACUAAUGCUCUUGUGGCUGAAUGGAAGCAAGUCCCCGCAGCAAUGUUCCAACAUAUAGUGGAAAGCCUUCCCAGAAGAGUGGAGGCUGUUAUAGCUGCAAAGGGGGGACCAACUCUAUAUUAAUGCCCAUGGUUUUGGAAUGAGAUGUUCGAUGAGGAGGUGUCCACAUACUUUUGGUCAUGUAGUGUAUGUGGUCAGCUGUAGUGGUUCCAGCCUCACCUCUGAGUCACGCAGCAGGGCCACACAGACUGCAGGCCGCUGCAUUGAGGAGUCAGACCCUGAGUCGCCACUGGUUUGUUCCAGAGUUUUCUCCACACUCACUUUGGCCUUGUUCCCCUGGGCCCCUGCUGCUUCCCAACUCUGGCCUCCGCCUGGUUUAAGAUGUUUAAAAUUCACUGGAACUAGGAACCUUUUAACCAUUUAGUUCAGUUAUCAUGGGGGAGCGAUUUAGCAUGUGGCAUCACUGUAUUUUGAUUAGUCAACGACAAUUCCAUCAUACCCAUUCUACUACUGUCACUGUUUUGUUGUGUACUAACUAAAUGCAUCAUGAUUUAAAUGUAUGUUUGUUCUUUUUUUGUUUCGUGAUCUGCAAAGAGGCUUCUAUUUUUUGCUCCAGUCCCCUUUGGACAGCAGAGUGGUUGUUUUGAUUUGGACAUUUCUGUUCUCAUCCCCCACUGUGUGAUCCCCAUCCUUAGCGCAGCUGGUCUGAAUAAGGCUGAUGAAACAGUGCUCUCUCUCUCUGCUCAUAAAGGGUAUAUGUAUCGAGACCCAGGUCUUCUCUACAGGAGACCCCUGCCCGGAGCGUUUCCCCUUGGGCCUAUGGGCCCCCUCCCAUCCAGGGGCCCCGGUCCUGCUGAGCCCCACAGCUUUGGGCCCCACCCUGGAGAUCAAUCUGGUGAGAACCCUCCUUUUUUACCGUUGUUCUUUCUGUAUUACAGCACCAUAUAAUUAGUUUUAAAAAAGUGAUUGAUACUGUAUCUCUGCACCAUAGCCACUCUGUCAUAUAAACUUCAAAAGGAUGUUUAGUGCUUGGGAGUAUGUAACUGAAGUGAUGAAAUACAUUUCAGGACGUGACUCAGACCAAGCUCCUUCAUCAGCAGCACACUGAAUAGUAGGAGUGUAGAUGAUUAGUAUACCUCUGAAGAACAAUCUAGUGUUAGGUAGAGAAUGAGCAGGAUAGUUUGCCCAGUGUUGGGGGUUACGUAAUCAGAUUACUUUAUGAGUAACGGAGUAAAGUAACAAGUACAUUUCUCAAAUUGGGUUAUUGGUCCCCAAGAACACAGUGGCCUCCAUCAUUCUUAAAUGGAAGAAGUUUGGAACCACCAAGACUCUUCCUAGAGCUGGCCACCCAGCUAAAUUGAGCAAUUGGGGGAGAAGGGCCUUGGUCAAGGAGGACAACGACCCUAAGCACACAGCCAAGACAAUGCAGGAGUGGCUUCGGUACAAGUCUCUGAAUAUCCUUGAGUGGCCCAGCCAGAGCCCGGACUUGAACCCGAUCGAACAUCUCUGGAGAGACCUGAAAAUAGCUGUGCAGCGACGCUCCCCAUCCAACCUGACAGAGCUUGAGAGGAUCUGCAGAGAAGAACGGGAGAAACUCCCCAAAUACAUGUGUGCCAAGCUUGUAGCGUCAUACCUAAGAAGACUUGAGGCUGUAAUCGCUGCCGAAGGUACUUCAACAAAGUACUGAGUAAAGGGUCUUAAUACUUCUGUAAAUGUGAUAUUUCAGUAUUUAUUUAUUUUUGGCAAAAAAUGCAAAAAACUGUUUUUGCUUUGUCAUUAUGGGUUAUUGUGUGUAGAUUGAUAAGUGGAUUAAAAAAAAAAAUAAGUUUAAUUUAGAAUAAGGCUGCAACGUAACAAAAUGUGGGAAAAGUCAAGGGGUCUGAAUACUUUCCGAAUGCACUGUGUGUGCAUAUAUGGCUAAGUAAGCAGCCCAUAUGAUAGAGCAGCUUUUGUAGACUAGCACAGGAAAGCAGCGCCACAGAUGAAAGGAGAAACUUGUGAUCAAACUUGAGUUACUAAGUAACCUAUCUUUGGUAGAGUAACACAAAGUAAUGUGUAAUAUGUAAUGUAUUACUUUUUCAAGUAACUAAUCACAACACUGAUUGUGCCCAAUGUGGAAACUCCCUUGUUUUGACAGUUAAGCUAAUAGCAUUAAAGAGCAUGAAUGAACCCUCUUCAUCAAGUUCUUAAGGAUUGAAUGAAAUAAACCCACCAAAGCUUGAAGUGGAUCUAGCUAGGUUCUUACUGUGUGUUUUUUCUUGUGUUCUUGCAGACUCAUCAUUUAUGGAAAACAGCAUGGGUCCUGGUGAAAAUGAAAGAGAUGUAAGUAUUCUAACCCUUCUAUUAACAAUACAUUGGACCAUUCAUGUACUGUCUCUCUCUCUCUCUGUCCAUGGGUACAUAUAUAUUUUUCUCUUUUUUUGGGGGGGGGGGGUAGAUCACCUUUAAUAUUGCAGAUAGAUUGUAAUUUCCAUCAAUGUAAUUGUCUGCAUCACUUCCAAUCCCCCAUGUUUUUAUUUAUAUAUAUAUAUAUAUAUAUAUAUAUAUUACUCCCCUUUUAUUACUUUUCAACCCCGCCAUCUUACCCCUACUUGGGGUAAGUUAGUGAACAACAAUGCUUACAUAUUUGACAUUACAUAGGUACAUAUUUUGCUGCAAAACCAAUUUCCCAUUGGGGAUAAUAAAAUGUUCUACUACUGGGAUGGGCAACUUUGAUGGGGGUGUGGGAUUACAAAAAGUCUGAACUCGUCAUUAUGGCCGCAGUGGCUCGUGGGUCUGCGUACCCACAUUCAUACCCACACAUGCAGUCAGAGCCAGUCCUAGCCAUUUGGGGGCCCUAAGUGAAAGAAAUCCCCCCCCCCCCCUGGAUAGAAAAACAGCGGUUUGCUGCAAUUCUACUUAUUCUGCCAUGGGGCGGAGAGAAAAAUUAACAGUUUCACAGAUGAUUUUCUGCAAUUGCACUUGUAUUUGACUAUCAGACCCCGACUGAGUUUCCUUCUUUCUUCUUCCUUUUGGAUUUCAGAGUGUGAUGUCAGUUCAAUCUUUGUCUAAAUGUGUACAGAUGUAGGGUCUUAAUUUGAGCCAGUUUGCUACAGCAGGAAAAUAAUCCUGCAGCUACAGGAAAUGUGAAUUACUAUAUGGAUUAUAAUUCAUGGACAUUUUUGUGGAAAUUACAAACUUCAGAAGCCUUUCUAAACCUCAAAUACACUGCAAGUUUUUAAUUUCCUGAAAGUUUUCCUGCAACAGGGUGAUCAAAUUAAGAUCCUACAUCUGUAUUUGAAAUGUGUUCCCUCAGUCCCACCUGUCAGCACCUGGAGAUCUGAGAGACAUGAGAAUGCCCCCUGAUGUAGACAUGAGGAUGGGGCCUCCUCCCUUAGGACCCCCUGGUAUGGGUCCCCUCCCACCCAUGGACCCUUACUUUGCACGCAGAGGCCCCCCAGGCCCUUACGGACCCCCAGACUUCUUCCCCCCACGAGGUCCAGCAGGGCCCCCCAUGGGCAGUAAGUAUUAGUCUCUGUAUCCUUUACACAUUAAAGGCUCAUAUGUGCUUUGUAGUUAUAAUGCAUUUAUAACUGAAGGUUUUAAGUAGUGUUACAGAAUGUUUUAAUGUAAUAAUAAUAACAUAAACUAUGGGUGGGAGAUGAGGAUUAUCAUUCUAUACCGCAUUCACUACAUCAAUACUGUUAAUGACUAAAUGUAAACCUUUCACCCUUGUUUCCCCUGAAGUGCGAGGGCCACCUCCCCCGGGAAUGUUUGGGCGAUUUCCACCUCCGUUGCAUAUGGGCUACCCUCCCAUGAGGCCCCACCCUGACAGUUUCCCCCCUGGAACCCCUCCACCAGACAGCGAACAGCCUCCCGACCAGUCCCCUUCUCCACAUGAUGUCAUCUGA